UAUAACUAAUACUGACCAUAUACAGGAAUUGGUUUGUAGUUUGAGUUGUAGAUAACUUACAAGGAAGGUUGUACAGGAUGAUGAACAAAAAGGAGAAAAGUACUAUUGAGAAGAUCUCAGAUCCAGAAGAGUAUUUCGAAAAGUCUGGUGUGAACAACGCUAUGAGAGAUGUUAUAUCGUUACUGGUGGAGAAUCGUCCCAAAGAUCCGAUAGCAUUCUUGAGCCAACACUUCGGUUCACUUGUAGAAGAAGUAAGUGUAAUCGUUAGAGCUCAAAGGCUGGUUUGUUUGACACAUCACUCCAGACCAGCUUUCUCAGAUAACGUUAUCAGCGCUUACAAAAUACUUCGAGACAAAGGUUUGACUGGUAAGCUUCAUAACGAACUGCUGAAAGGUUUAUGCAAUGGUCUACCUCCAAUAAUUGCAGAACGACUCCUUGAGAAGCUGAAUUGCAAGGAGCUAGACGCUGUACCUCACCAACUGUUCUACAACAACGUUCUAACUUGUUUAGUGUGUCAUGAUUACAAGAAACACUCAGAACUUCUGUACAGGGAACUAGGCUCGGUGUGCGACAGAGGGGUUUGCGAGGCUCUGUUCCAACUGCUCGCCGAACACACUGAAUCAUCCAACAAAUACGAACUUUCAUCGUCUCUUAUCGCACGUGCUAUCUCCUCCGCAAACAACUACGGACAACAAUUUAUCAGUAGUGAGGAAUUUGUAAUCAGUGCCUUGGAUACUUAUGUGGAUAUGUUGCAGACUCCUCCCUGAGAAGACGAAGGAACUCUAUCACGUGAUUGAAUCACCAGAUGAACAAUUUUGAUCCUUGCCAGUUAACCAGAACAGAGUCUAUUUAACUAUGACAAUAAAAAAUGCUUUACUCUAAUU